AUGUCAAAUGCAACUGCCGAACAAUACUUUGCUGAUGAGAAGAUACCAUUUUCACGACUUGAAGCCAAACCGUUCUUCGAAAACCUUACUCUAAAAGAGAAAAAAUAUGCUCAUUUCAUGUCACGAGCUGCUUUUGAAGGAACACGCAUCAUCAUUGAGCAAACUAAUCCUAGGGCUAUGCCCAUUUACGACCUCAUCAUAACUUUGUUUAGUGAUGAACAAGGUAAAAUGAUAGAUACGAAUAUUCUACAUAAAGCCAGUGGGGUAUCCAAAGAAGACUUUGAUCAUUUUCUUCAAUACAACGCACAAUUCUUAAGCAAUCUUAGCAAUUACAAAUCCUUCGGGGACGAGAAAUUCAUUCCUCGUAUCAGCAGCGAGACGUUCAAAAAGAUAGUACAAAGUUCAGGUUCAGAGAAGGCUAUCGAGCUGUUUAAUCAAUCAUGUGAGGAAAUUUACAGCAUUGGACCCUCAGCUCGUACCUUACUAGGUUUCCCUGAGGAUGGUCAUGUUACCGGCUAUUAUUCAGAGAACAUUACUAAGGAAGAUAUCAAACUAGUCGAAGAGUUCUUACAAAAAGAGAAGAUCAGCCCGCUGAAUACGAGACUUUUUAAAGAUACAAAUACAAACGACUUUACAUUAGCCGUUGCUACCGCAAAAUCAGAUUUACCCAGCAAUGCUUACAAAUUGAGGAAUGGACAGAGCAUCAAAGUGAGCUAUGGCGAUCACCAAUUAUGCAUGGAGAAAGUAGCAGCAGCCAUUAAGAGUGCCAUUCCUUUUGCAGCCAAUGAAAAUCAAAAGAAAAUGCUAGAGGAGUAUUAUAACACAUUUACUGAUGGAUCCGGUCGAGCUUACAGUGAUUCACAAAGGUACUGGCUACAAGAUUUGAAUCCACGUGUCGAGACCAAUAUUGGUUUCGUAGAAACUUACCGCGAUCCUCAAGGCGUACGUGCCGAAUGGGAAGGCUUUGUUGCAAUGGUUAAUCAAGAACAAACCAAGAAAUUCAACCGCUUGGUUAGCAACGCACCAUUGUUUGUUUCACGUUUACCGUGGGGUAAAGAAUUCGAAAGAGAUACUUUAAAUCCACCUGAUUUUACUUCACUGGAAGUUUUGUCGUUUGCUACGGGCGGUAUUCCUGCAGGUAUCAAUCUCCCCAACCUUAGUGAAGUAACACAGAUUUAUGGCUCCAAGAAUGUGUCAUUGGGUAACAUUAUAUCAGCUCAAUCACCGGAUGAAAAGUUUCCUUUCAUACGUGAAGAGGACUUGGAACUUUACAAAAAAUACCGUAACUUAUCAUUCGAAGUGCAAGUGGGCACUCACGAGCUUGGUCACGGAACCGGAAAGUUGUUAUCGGAGGAUGAAAACGGUAAUCUGAAUUUUGAUAGUGAAAGAGUGAUCAAUCCUCUCACUGGCGAGCGUGUUCAGACAUGGUAUAAACCAGGACAAACUUUCAAUUCCGAGUUUAAGAGUAUUGCCUCUAGUUAUGAAGAAUGUCGUGCUGAAUGUAUUGCUCUAUCACUUUCUCCACACAAUGAUAUUUUGAAGAUAUUCGACUAUGAGGGACAAGAAGCAGAGGACAUUUUGUAUAUUAUGUAUUUGAACAUGGCACGCGCAGGCCUUACUGCUUUAGAGUUCUAUAAUCCGGAGGCUAAGAAGUGGGGACAAGCACACAUGCAAGCGCGCUAUGCAAUCUUAAACGUCAUGAUGAAGGCUGGAGAUGACUUUAUACGAAUUAAACCAUGUACUGUCGAUGGUAAAAAGUCUGUAGAGAUCCAUUUAGACAGGAAGAAAAUAAGGGAAAUCGGCGCACCUGCUGUCACAGAUUUUUUGAGAAAAUUGCAAAUCUUUAAAGCUACUGGCGAUAGCAAAAAUGGCAUUCAAUUUUAUCUAGAUUCAACUUCAGUGCAUGAAGAAUGGUAUGCUCUCCGUGAUAUCGUCAUUGAUUCCAAACAACCACGUAAGGCCUUUGUACAGUGUAAUACCUUUAUCAAAGAUAAUGAUGUUUUGUUGACGGAAUAUGAAGCGUCAGCUAUUGGAAUGAUCCAAAGUUAUAUUGAACGACGUGUGUAA